AUGUUAGAAAUCAGACAUAAAGAUGAUGGUAAAAAAGGUGAAUUUUAUAUUGGUGAAGAAGGUCACCAUUUGGCUGAAAUGGCAUACACAUGGGCGGGUGAAAAUAUGUUGAUUAUUGACCAUACAGUUGUAGAAGAUGAAUUGCGUGGUCAAAGUGUAGGUCGGAAAUUAUUAGAUCAAGUUGUAGAGAUGGCUCGCUCAAAGAAUGUGAAAAUUAUUCCACUCUGCCCUUUUUCAAAAUCAGUGUUUGAUAAAGAUCAAUCGAUUCAUGAUAAAAUCCAUGAGAAAGAAUAUAUGCAAUUCCAACAUGUAGAUAAUCAACAAAAAGGUGAAUUUUACUUCGAUAAUGAGCAAGGUAAGCGAAUUGCUGAGAUCAGUUAUUUAUGGCAUGGUGAGCAUCAGAUCAUAGCGAACCAUACUUGGGUAGAUGACUCCUUACGUGGUCAAGGAAUUGCGCGUCAGUUGUUGGAUACUUUGGUUGAAUUUGCACGUGAAAAGCAGCUUAAAAUUGUACCAACUUGUUCCUAUGUCGAAGUCAUGUUUAGACGGGAUAAAAGUUUUGUUGAUGUGAAAGCUUAG